AUGAUUCCCACGGAAGGUUCCGCUUUGCUCCGAGCUGUAUCCCAAGGAAAAUUCCGCCUAACCCGACUCCUUUUGGAAGGAGGUGCCUACAUCAACGAGGGCAACGCGGCUGGCACCACUCCACUGAUGGCAGCGUGUCGAGCUGCUUACAACGACCCCUUGGAAAAACCUCGGAUGAUCCGUUACCUGCUGGAAAACGGAGCCGAUCCCAACAUUCCCGAUAAAUCUGGGAAAACCGCUUUGAUGCAGGCGUGUGCCGAGAGGGCAGGACCAGGCGUGGUUGGCAUUUUAUUGGCACACGGAGCCGAUCCCAGCGCUCGCGAUUACAGUGGAGCUUCAGCGCUGGUUUAUGCGAUCGAACGAGGCGAUAGGGAAACGCUGCGGGUGUUGUUAGAUGCUUGUCGCGAUAGAGGUCGCGAUGUGAUCAUUAUCACCUCCGAUACUUCGCCCCGAGGGACCAAAACGACGCGACAAUAUCUGAAUUCACCUCCAUCCCCUGCGCCCUGUGCAUCUCCCUCGCAGGUGCAG